GGGGCGGCGGGGCUGCUGCUGGCCGCCUUCUCCGCCUCCGUCUGCAGCCUGCUGGCCAUCACCGUGGACCGCUACCUGUCGCUGUACAACGCGCUCACCUACCACAGCGAGCGCACGCUGGGCUUCACCUGCGCCAUGGUGCUGCUGCUGUGGCUGCUGUGCCUGGGCGUGGGGCUACUGCCCCUCCUGGGCUGGAACUGCCUGAGGGACCAGAGCGCCUGCAGCAUCCUGCGGCCCGUCACCAAGGACAACGCGGCGGUGCUGGCCGUCACCUUCCUCCUCCUCUUCGCCCUCAUGAUGCAGCUCUACCUGCAGAUCUGCAAGAUCGCCUUCCGGCACGCCCAGCAGAUCGCCGUGCAGCACCAGUUCAUCGCCACGGCGCAGGCCACCUCCACCCGCAAAGGGCUCUCCACCCUCUCGCUCAUCCUCGGCACCUUCGCCCUGUGCUGGAUCCCCUUCGCCAUCUACUCCUUGGUGGCCGAUUCCAGCUACCCGGUGGUCUACACCUACUCGCUGGCGCUGCCCGCCACCUGCAACUCCCUCAUCAACCCCAUCAUUUACGCCUUCAGAAACCCAGACAUCCAGAAGUCGCUCUGGCUGGCCUGCUGCGGGUGCGUCCCUUCCACGUUCUCCUCCAGACCAAGGACAUCCAGCGACGUCUGA